UAUACAUAUAUAUACACCGCCAUACUCCGUCUAGACUGACACAGGGUUACUGGACUGGGCAAACACAUUCGGUGGGAAAGAUCAGCCAAGAGCAAACAACAUCAAAGAUGAAGACACUCCUGCUCCUCGCUGUUGUGGCACUUACAGGCUCCCAAGCCAACCUCUUCUACGCUGAUGAGCCCAAACCCCAGCUGGAGCAGCUGACUGAUGCAUUCUGGGACUAUGUUGCCCAGGCCACACGCACUGCUGAGGACACAGUGAAGAUGAUCAGAGAGUCUCAGCUGGGACAGGAAGUCAAUGCCAGAAUCACAGACAGCGCCAGCGUGGCCAGCGAGUACGCCGUCAACCUCCAGAACAGAAUGAGCCCCAUUGCUCAGGACAUCAUGACCAAAAUCACCAAGGAGGCUGAAGUUCUGAAGGAGCGUCUGGAGACCGACCUCACCGCCAUGAAGGACAAGCUGGAGCCCUAUGCCGACGACCUCAAGGCCCAGAUCCAGCAGAGAGUGGAGCAGCUCAGAGUGGCUGUAGCUCCGUACGCUGAGUCCCUGGACUCCGAAUCCCUGAAGGCCACCAUUCUUCAGAAGACCGAGGAGCUCAGAGGAACCCUGGAGGAGAGAGUGAAGGAGCUGCAGUCUCAGCUGGAGCCCUACACCGCAGAACUCAAGCAGAAGGUUGACGAGCGCCUGCAGGAGUUCCAGAAGAUCGUGGCGCCUCUAGGUGAGGAUCUUCAGACCAGCGUUCUCCAGAGAACCAAGAUGGUCCAGCAGAGUCUGGCUCCCUACGCUGAGGACCUGAGGGAGAGGCUGGACCCCUUCGCCCAGAACCUGAAGGACCAGCUCACCUCUCUUUAUGAGUCCUACACCAAAACCAGCUGAAUACUGCAAAAAAAAAAAAAAAUAUAUAGAAUAAAACCCUCAAUGGACUGUUUAUAUUUCUGCUAAAUGAAACUGACGCUUUAAUCCAACACAUUUGAUCAAAAGUUCCAGUCAAUACCAAAAGCAAAAGCAAUUUACCAUCAAGAUUUCAAGCCCAAACCCAACCAUUGGUGGGGUGUUUCACCAUUUGUUCACUAAAGAAAACUUUGCUAUAGUUGCUGAAAAAAAAAAAAAAACUGUGAAUGUGUUCGUUAAUGUGUUUGUAAAUGUAUAUCUCAUGUUGAAGAAUGACGUCAUAUGUUGUAUUUAUAUGCUAGAAUAAACAAAUUUCCAUAUGAAGAAAGAAA